AUGGCAAGUGACUGUAGACGACAAGCCGUCUACAAGCUGCAGCACUAUUUGUACGGUGCAACUUGUGAGGUCUUUGCUCAUCAUAAGAGUCUAAAGUACAUCUUUAAUCAGCGUGAGUUGAAUCUGAGACAGCGAAGAUGGUUAGAGUUACUGAAGGACUGCGAUUGUUCCAUUCAGUACCAUCCGGGUUUCAGUUUUCAGGUUUCUCAAGGUGGCAGUUUGUUAGCACACUUGCAAGUGAAACCAUUUUUUAUUGAUAAGAUUAAAGCUUUACAAGCUGAAGAUCCACAAUUGAAACAAAUUAUGGAUGAGGUUCUUCAGGAUGGGAAUUCUGACUUUCUGAUUGUGGAUGGAGUUUUCAGUUAUGGUUCUAGACUGUGCGUUCCAGUUUCCGAUGGCCUGAGAGACAAGAUUCUAGAGGAAGCGCAUAAUUAA